UUUGGAAAGGCCAGGGUCGCUAUGUCUCUUCAAGUGAAUCUCUCCAGCAGGGAGAUUCACACGGCAUACCAAAAUGUCUUGAACUCAAACGGCAUCGACUGGGCGAUAUUCACCUAUGAGGGCGGCACCAACGAUUUGAAAGUACAAGGAACUGGCGACGGAGGACUCGAGGAGUUGGAAGAAGAGUUUUCCGACGGUCGGAUUCAAUACGCCUUUGCUCGUGUCCUUGAUCCUAAUAGCAAACUUCCCAAAUUUGUGCAAAUCAACUGGUGCGGCGAUGGUGUGCCAGAACAGAAGAAGGGACUCUUCCAUACCCACUCGAACGCAGUUGCAAGUUUUCUGCGAGGAACUCAUGUUGUGCUCAACGCUCGAAAUGAGACCGAUGUUGCGCCCACGCUGAUUAUGUCUCGAGUCGAAGCCGCCUCCGGAGCCAAGUAUUCUGCUCACAAGGAGACUGCCCUUGGCACUCCGGAUAUUGCUGCUAUGCGCAAGGCAGCACCGCCUUCGGCCCCAGCUGUCUCAAAACCCGCCUUCGGCGCGCCGAAAUCCGCCGCAAGUCUCUAUGGGCGCUCAGUCGACAAACGAACGACCGCUCUCGAUGAUGAUUGGUCAUCUAGCAGUCAGCCCACUGUUGCUCCUGUAGCCCAGCCGCCUGCCCUUCCAGCGUCUUCCCGUCCACCCGUUUUGCCCACUACUUCUCGUCCACCCGUGUUGCCCGCCACUUCGAGACCCGUUGUCGCCGCAACACCCGUCGCCCCUACUGUGGCACCAGUAGUGUCGUCUAACGUUCCAACCAAGCCUUCUGAAGAUGAUCGGAUCGGGCCCGUUGGUACAGCAUAUACACCCGUCUCACUCCCUGCCCCGAAGAAACUCAAGAAUCCAUUUGCUCAAUUUGAACAGCAAGCACAGACGCAAUCGCCCCCGCCUCGCGCAGCACCUACAGGGAAACUCACUUGGAGUCAAAGGCAAGAACUAGCGAAAAAACAACAGGCAGAAGAAGAAGCGCGAAGUCGGGAAGCUUCUUUUGUCCCGCCUCCCGUAACCACUGCGCCAUCGUUCGCCAAACCAACGCCAGCCGUUGAGAGCCCUCCUGCCCCCCGCGCAUUUGUCCCUGUGCCACCCCCACCUCCCAGGUCUCCAGAGCCUGAACCUGAGCCAGAAUGGGAGCCUGAAGAAGAAGAAGAAGCUGCUCCAUCUCCACCUCCACCGCCGCCACCACCGCCACCGCCACCGCCUCCCCCGCCACCGCCUGUCUUCCAGGCGCCUCCACCUCCACCCGUUCGCGAGCCAACCCCUCCAAUUCGAGAACCAACUCCCGAACCAGAACACGCUGCUCUCGUGUCUGGUCAAGGAUUAUGCGCGGUUGUGCUAUUUGACUACGAGGCUACAGAAGAGAAUGAGAUGAAUCUUCUCGAAGGCGAGCUUAUCGAGCAGAUCGAACAGCUAGACGAGGGCUGGUGGAGUGGUAUUGGGCCCGGGGGCAAGUCAGGAUUGUUCCCUGCAAACUACGUUGAACCUGUGGAAAGCGGUCCGGUUGAAGAAGAAGCGCCACCCCCGCCUCCUCCUCCUCCACCACCACCACCACCACCACCUCCGCCGCCACCGGCCGCACCAGCUGCCCCUGCCCCUCCUCCUCGCGUUCCAACGCCCGAACCAGCUCAAGACCAAGGACCAACUGCAAUUGCGCUAUACGAUUACGAUGCAGCUGAGGACAAUGAAUUAUCAUUCAAAGAGGGGGAUCUAAUUGUGGACAUUGAAGCAGCAAGUGAAGAUUGGUGGCAAGGUCGUGGUCCCCAUGGUGGUGUGGGCCUGUUCCCUGCCAACUACGUAGAACUACAAGAGUAG